AUGUUCAACACCAGUCAUUUUACCCCAAAAUAUUUUUUGUUGACUGGUUUUCCUGGUCUGGAGAACCUGUACCCCUGGUUCAUCUUUCCAUUCUGUUCCACAUACCUUGUAGCCCUUGUGGGUAAUAGCCUGAUUCUGGCCGUGAUCAAGAACAACACCUCUCUGCACCAGCCGAUGUACCUGUUCCUGGCUAUGCUGGCCUUUGCCGAGCUGGGUGUCUCUGCCUCUACCCUGCCCACUGUGCUGGGCAUCUUCCUUUUCGGUGCCAAGAAGAUCUGCUUUGAAGCCUGCCUUCUGCAGAUGUUCUCCAUCCACUCGUUCUCCAUCAUGGAGUCAGGGGUCCUGCUGGCCAUGUCUGUGGAUCGUUUUGUGGCCAUUUACAACCCGCUGCGGUACACCGCCAUCCUGACCCUGCCGCGUAUUGCUGGGACCGGCGUUGUGCUUUGGCUGAAGAGUGUGAUGCUCAUGUUCCCACUGCCCUUUCUCCUCAAACGUCUGCCCUUCUGUGGCCGCAAUGCCCUCUCUCACUCCUACUGUCUGCACUCAGACUUAAUCCAGCUGCCCUGUGGGGACACACGUCCCAACAGCAUUCUAGGGCUCUGCAUCGUCACCUCCACUUUCGGGCUGGACUCACUGCUCAUAGUCGUCUCUUACGUGCUAAUCCUCUACACCGUGCUGAGUAUCACGUCUGGAGAGGGGCGACGGAAGGCCCUCAACACGUGUGUGUCCCACAUCUGUGCUGUACUUGUGUACUAUGUGCCCAUGAUCAGUGUGGCUCUGGUGCAUCGCUUCAUGAAGCACGUGGCACCCGCUGUUCGCCUGCUCCUGGCCAACGUCUACCUUCUGGUGCCACCUGUGCUCAAUCCUAUCAUCUACAGUGUUAAGACCAAGCAGAUUCGCCAGGGCUUGAUCCAACUCUUUCUUCACAGAAAAUAUUAA